AUGGGUCCACCGCGUCGCAAAGUUCUGGCUACUGCACAGGAGACAUUGACCCCGCCUGAUGAGCUGGCAGACACCCACUCGAUCGUGCGUGCGAUCAAGGCAACUGGCAACAAUAUCUACCUGAUCGAGACUGCCGAUAAGCAGCAGAUGCUCGUGGAGCUACCUGCUAAGUUCCGCUCGACGUUCUGGAUCAAGCGUGGAUCGUACAUGGUGAUCGACACUAAGCCAUCGGAGGAGCGAGAAAACAAGAUCUCUGGCGAGGUUAUCAACAUUGUGCGAGAUGAGAAGGCUUGGCGGAAGGCUCCGUUCUGGCCCAAGGAAUUCGUUAAGCAGCCCGUGGUUGCUGCUACUUCGGACUCCGACUCGGAGGAGGAAUCCCGAGUAGGCAAGAUGCCUUCCUCUGAUGAGUCUGACGCGUGA